AUGAGCUUUGAUGUGAAGAAAACCCACGAUGGAACCAUUGUGGAGUGUUUCGUGGUCGAUUUUUGUCAUGACAGCACAAUCGUCGUGGCUCAUCCAUACAGGAUUCAGCUGCUAGAUGACGCGUACAAGCAGCUGAGCGCGCUUGAAUUGCCAGACAGGAUUAUGGCCAUGAAUCAUAUAAGACCUCCAGGGCUUCAGCACGACUGGCUGCUAGUUCUGACCCAAAACAACCAACUGCUAGUGAUUGCGUGGAGCGAUGGAUUCAUUCUUUUGCAGAGGUUCCGCUUUGACUCUGUCACCACUACCAUUGAGGUCCAUCCGUUUAUUCAGGUUGACGACUUGAGCAGAUACAUUCUCAUCUAUUCCAAUGAGGGAUACGUGGUUGUGUUACAGCUUCAUCAUUCGAAGGCCGAGCUUUUCCGACUGGCAUUGCAGAACGAGCCUCCUAGCCAAGUGAAGAAGAGACCAGACGCUGCCAAACUACAGGUGAACCGGAUAUUUGAAAAACCACAAGUCAUUUACAUUGGACACGGAGUUGUGCACAGCGCCGUUUUUCUGAAGACCCGGCUGCUAGCAGCAGACAAAGAGGGCGCAAUAUUCGCCGUAGUGGUCAGAAAUGCCAAUCUGAAGUAUUCCGUGAACUAUUACGGAAUAGGGCAGGAAAUAGAUCUGAUAAAACGAUUACCACUGAUGAACUCAGCCCCGAGUCUGGUCAUACCGCUACCGCUUGGCGCGCUGCUUGUGAUCUGCGAAGACAUGCACUACAUUAUUCCAGCACCGGUUGUUCGCAGAAUCUUUUCGUCCGUGGCUACGACCACCAGACAGUACGGUACCAAGGAGCUUUUUUCCGGCGUUGACGGAAAAAUGGCCAAGCUUUUGUCGUGGUGUUUUGACGGGCGUUCGUACUUACUCAGCAGUGAACAGGGUGAUAUUUAUCAGAUGGAAAUAGGGCUGGACUCGGAAUCGCUUGAAACUGCGGAGCGUCAAUUGGACCUCUCUAUAGCAGAAAGAUUACGGACCGGACACUCCCAGCCCCCUGAAUUAGAGAUCACCAAGUGGAACAUAAAAAGGAAAGCGCAGGUAGAUAUGCUUCAUAAAAUGAUUCCCAGAGGCGACCUCGUGAUAGGUUGCAACCAUUUCGGGCUUUUGGUCGAGCUUGAUCGGAGUCUACACAUAUCUAAGGAAGUUAGACAAGCGGACAAUCUUCCGGUAACUUCCAUCAAAGGGAAGUACUACGCGCAAGGUACUUAUCUAUCUUCAAGGGUGUUGCUUGACGACUGGAUGGAUUUGACAGGGUUGGUGAAGGAAAUAGUGGAAACCGAUGAAGUCGUGGUCUUGGUGGUCGAAGAACACGAAGUCGACUUGGAGGUUGAAGAGAUCAAAAGAAUUGACCGUCUGGAGGUUUACAAAGCUGGACAGAAGAUUGACGAGCAUUACUUUGACGCCGGAAUAGUAGUGCGUAAGGUCUUGCCCGUGCCUGAUCUCCUAUGUCGGUUUGAAGAAAAUAGCAAAACCAGCAAAGACGAGCGACACGUUUUGCAAAGCAAGCUGAGCGACUGUUUUGUCGUGCUUGUCAAUGACGAAGAGGAUCAGUCCGGACUGUUACUUAUGCGCUUCUUGGACGAAGAGUGGAAACAAGAAGGCCAUGCUGUCGUGAACAAGCUCUUUGACAGCAUAAUACAGGUUGAAGACUACAGUUUGUUGCUGAUUGGGUCGCAUUCGCUGGUUUGGACCAGCAUUUAUGGCGGCCCUAGCUUCUGGUUCCAAAACGAGGAAAGCAACUCAAGCAUCCCUGUUCUGUACUUCUCCGGGUGGAAAAAGCUUGCAAAUGGCGACCUGGUAGUUGCAGACGCAUUUUCAGGAUUGUAUCUGAUCAGAGUUGAUAGAAACGAGCGCAAGGUGGCAGCUGUCCAGAUUCUGAAAAAUGUAAUGGUCAGCGACUUCACCGUAUUCAAGCAUAAUCUGGUUGUUGGGGACCUCAUGGGCAACGUCUUCAUCAUUGGGUUACGGGGUGAACCAAAAAUGGUGCAUCAGGCUUAUCUGGGCCACGGAGCCAUCACGUGUAUGGAAGCUACGGAUGCGCUGGUGAGAGUCGGAACCAGCGAGGGCAUGCUCACUAUCCAGUCGGGAUCGGGAGAUUCUUCGAGGCCUCCACUCAAUCUCUCCAGUCUGCCGCAGCCCGAAUUAAGCGAAAAUCUUGUACUAUAG